AUGCCCUUUGAAACUAGCGGAGGAGGUCGGGUCUACGUUGAUCAUAAUUAUGAAGAAGAAACUCAUGAAUUUCCCAGAUCAAUCAAUCCCCAGAAAAAAGUUACUUCUGAUGAUGAUCUCUUGAAUGAAUUUAUGCUUUCUUGGGAGCCCUUCACAAAUAGACGAGAUCCAAAUUAUUUUGAUGAAGAAGUUGAAUUUCCAAGAUCAAAUAUCGAUCCCCCCAACACUCCUGAAGAAGUUGACGACAUUGUUGCUCAUGACAAUAACUUCAUGGCUUCUCCUAGGGUUUCUCAUGAGGUUGGGAAGCCUUCCGAUUCGAAGAAUAUUGAGUACGUCCGAGCUGUUAAUAAUAAUUUUGGUUGUCAUAUCUGCUUUGAACCCAAGGCUGCACACCAGUGGUUUGACAUCAAAAAUUGCAGCCAUGGUUAUUGUACGGAGUGCAUGAUCAAUUACGUGGUCUCCAAUCUCAAAAGAACGUCACAACCAUUCGGUGCCCUGAUCCUGAUUGCACAUCAGGAUCGAUAG